GUGAUCGACUCCUUCGACCCGGUCCACCACCACCGCCGAAAUGCAUCCUCGGCGCGUCGCUCUCCCUCCACCAGUAGCUUACUCUUCCAAGGCAUCUCUCGACGCAGCAGCACAGUCUGAUAUCAAUGGCAUCCUCAAGCAACUCAAAGCAUGCACCAGACGUUUGCAAACGGCCUAUGCAUCCCACGCGCUCGAGCUGCAGGUCCUCGAGAGGUUGUACUACAAGGGCAAGAACCAGCACCGUACCGCGCUGUUCUGGAGAAGCGUAGUCGAAAUAAGACGGUAUGGCGCCCGUGUAGAGGAAAUGGAGCUGUAUGGACUCGUCGAGCGAAUGCGGGUUUCGUUUUGGGGAGAAGCUGCCCUACAGAACACAAAGCUCCUCAAAGGGCCAUGGACCCAUCAUCCCGAUGCUGUCACGGUAAUGUUUGUACUACAGCGAUGCUCUGAGGCCUGCUCGCUGCUGAAGAAGGCUCAGGAGCGGUUGUCGGCAGCAUAUCAUUCCCUCACGCUGGUCAUGCAGACUGCCGCCUUCCUGCAGCUUGUCCUCACGCUGGUCGCUAUAACUUCCAAGUUCAGUUCGCUGCUCACUGAGAUUCAGUCGUGCAUGGAACUCGCUCGGGUUGUUUGCUAUCAGAUGCUGCAGCUCAUUGACCCCGAACUAGCUCGCAAGGAGAGCCGUUCCCUACCGAGUGAAUAUCUUGGACAGGAGACGACAGCAGCAUCACAAAGCCAGACGGAAGCCCUGCUUUAUAGUCCGGAUCGGACCGUCACUGUCGAUGAAGACGUCGGCAGCGUUUUGGUCCGGCGUGUGACACGCUCGGUCGUCGAACUUCCUCGGGCUCCUGUGCCGCCAGCAGAUGCUACGCCCACAGAGUUGUCUCCGCCUCUGCUAGAAGACCUCAACAUGGUGUCUCCCACGAUCGUGACCACCGUUCGGACCAUCUCCGCCCGUGAAAACGGUGCACCCUCGAACGGCGGACCUCCUCAGAUUGCACAGAAGCGGAAGAACGAAAGCACAACGUUACAGAAGAAAGCGAAGAAAAAGAAGAAGCGAGAUGAGAUUGACGACAUAUUCGGGCUAUGACGCACACCAUCGCCCACGAGAAAGCAUCGCCAACGCUUUGUAGAUGGGCCGGAUGCUAGUGUCCGGUGACUUCAAGCCAGCAUGUCUACGACGGCGGAUGUUGGCAGCAGCAAAAAUAUAGAGCACCUCCGUAUGCAUUAUGAU